AUGGUUUUUGAUUACACCCAAUAUUACUUGGACCUUUCCCUUGUCAAUCUAAGCAAAAGAGAACCCGAGUGGGUGAUUGAAUACAACUUUAGUUCAUACUACGGCAUUAAUGAUAUUACUCCAAUUACUCUUCAUUCAUUGGCCGAUAAAAUGACGCCAAAUGCUCCAAAUAAUAAUCCUUUGUUUACUAGAUAUUUCCGAGCAAAUUCAGUACGUACUUUCAACGGGCCGCAAAACGUGUGCGAUUCAUACUGCGCCCACGGCCAUUUCUGCGCGAUAACGCGCCUGGAUUUUCUCGAGUUUGAACAGUGUCUCAAAGCUGCAGCAAGCGCUUUAGCAUCUUCAGCUAUAUCCUAUGCCCGACCACCCUUCCAACUGGUUUUAACUAUCAUUGGGUGGAUAGGAUUUGCAGUUGGUUUAAUACUAGAAAACUUAACUUAA